AUUUUCCUCUCAAGCCAGCCUUUUCCACUGGAAGAGAUGGAGCGCAUUGGAUACCCAUAGCUACGUGCUCUUUAUAAUGGACAUUCUGGCUGCGGGGGGGAAGACCGAGACCAUUCAUACUAUUGUUCAUAGCAGCCCAGGUUAAUUGCUGCGCGGGGGCGGGUCGCGGGGGUUUACUGCUCUUAGGUGCUAAAUCAUGAGUACUUCCUACAACACCAGAACCUCACUCUAGAUCAAGUCUUUCAUGAUAUCCUCUUAACAAAUUGCUCCCCCCCCUCCCCCCAAACCCACCCCCAAUCACCAACUCUCGUCUCUCCAAACCCAAGCAUAUUUAUCGGCAAGAACAUGCCGGCGGAUGGCUUCUCAUGAUAUACAAAUUCACUUUCAUGGGGGUUUCCAGUGAGCGGAUCCCGUUAUUCCAUCAAUCAGACGCUGAGGAAUUGGUCGUCAUGGCAUCUCGACUCUUGUCUUACCCCACAUCGUGACAAUGGGUGAGGUCUCAUGAGAGAGUCUGUGGGAGGAGGAGAAAAAAAGGGACCAGCAAAAGGGAGAAGCUAUAAAACAUGACGUUCCCAGCUUCAAUCUCUAUUUAGCCUCAAUUGAUUCAUUAUAAUCUUGACGAUUCUGUAUUUCUUUUUUUUUCUCGCUGUGAUCCUCUCAUCAUAACUCCUCACCAUUCACUGAAACCUCCCCCUCUCCCCGCGUGUUCGGAGCUCACCCCACCUCAAGAGUGUCACUGAUGCUUCACUGAGCUCUCUCAUACUCGACAAUUACUUACAACUUCGAAUAAAUAUACGAAUAAACCGCCGCAAUCAUGGGUGAAAUCACAAUUACAGGCUGGAAGACUCGCGAUGUUCGCUUUCCUACUUCUCUCGACGGAACCGGCUCCGAUGCCAUGAACGCUGCUGGCAACUACUCCUCCGCCUACUGCAUCCUCGAGACAGACUCUGAAUACACCGGUCACGGAAUGACCUUCACUAUUGGCCGUGGAAACGACAUCGUCUGCGCUGCCAUCAACCACGUCGCCGAGCGUCUCAAGGGCAGGACACUCUCCUCUCUCGUCGCAAACUGGGGUCAGACAUGGCGACAUCUUGUCAACGACAGUCAGCUCCGAUGGAUCGGCCCCGAGAAGGGUGUUAUCCACCUCGCUCUCGGUGCCGUCGUCAACGCUGUCUGGGAUCUCUGGGCCAAGACCCUCAACAAACCCGUCUGGCGCAUCGUCGCUGACAUGAGCCCUGAGGAGUUCGUCAGCUGCAUUGACUUCCGUUACAUCACCGAUGCCAUCACUCCCGAGGAGGCCGUCGCUAUGCUUAAGGAGCAGGAGUCUACCAAGGCUAAGCGACUCGAAGAAGCUCUCAACAACCGCGCUGUGCCUGCUUACACAACGAGUGCUGGCUGGCUUGGAUACGGAGAGGAUAAAAUGAAGAGCCUGCUUCAGGAAACCCUCAAUGCUGGGUACAAACACUUCAAGGUCAAGGUCGGUGGCGACAUUGAGCGCGACCGCAAGCGCCUAGGCAUUGCUCGCGAGGUCAUUGGUUACGACAGGGGCAAUGUUCUCAUGACAGAUGCCAACCAGGUCUGGUCCGUUCCUGAGGCCAUUGAGUACAUGAAGCAGCUCGCCGACUUCAAGCCUUGGUUCAUCGAGGAGCCUACAUCCCCCGAUGAUGUCCUCGGUCACAAGGCUGUUCGUGAUGCCCUUAAGCCUUACGGCAUUGGUGUCGCUACUGGUGAGAUGUGCCAGAACCGUGUCAUCUUCAAGCAACUCCUCCAGACUGGCGCCAUCGAUGUGUGUCAGAUCGAUGCCUGCCGUAUGGGUGGUGUUAACGAGGUCCUUGCCGUCCUCCUCAUGGCCAAGAAGUUUGGUGUGCCUAUUGUUCCUCACUCCGGCGGUGUUGGUCUUCCCGAGUACACACAGCACCUGAGCACCAUCGACUACGUCGUUGUCUCUGGAAAGCUGUCUGUUCUUGAGUACGUGGACCACCUCCACGAGCACUUCUUCCACCCCUCUGUUAUCAAGGACGGUUACUACACCACCCCUGUGGAGCCUGGAUACAGUGUUGAGAUGAAGCCUGAGAGCAUGGAUCGAUUUAGCUACCCUGGCGAGAAGGGUGUGAGUUGGUGGACUUCAGAUGAGGCCAAGGUUAUUCUCGAUGGUGAGAAGAUUUAAUGAGUGGUUGAAAAGUGUUGGAUAAAAGGGUCUGGUGUUAUCUAUCUAAAAUGCCUUCCAUAAGCGGAAUAUCAUGAAUUUAUGAGUAAUCAAACCUAACAGGCCUCUUUAUGAUGUUGAUUGGUUAUAAUUCUA